AAUGUGAAAGCAAUGAGGUUUAGGUGGAGCUGCUGGGGAAGGAGGAAGGGAAGGGAAAGCUUUUUCUUGGUUUCAGUACCGCCCAUUUAUACGCGCCUCUCCCGUCCCGUCUCCUCCUCCCCCAAUCCCUCUCUCUCCCCAUCACCUCACAGGCACAGCGCUUCUUGUUGUCCUCAUCCGCCCCAUCAUCGGCUGGAGCCGGAGCUGGAACCAGGUUGGUGGGCGCUUAGUCACAUCCGGACCGCCGCAAUGAUGAGCUUCAAGAACCACCAUGAGGGGUUUGCGGGGCAGCAGCUGCUCGCCGCCGCCGCCGCCGCCGCGAGCCAGGUCUCCGGUGGGGCGCCGCUCCCCUGGUGGGUUGGGUCCCAGCUGCUGUACGGCGAGCCGAUGGGCCACGGGAAGGCGCCGCCGGCCGUGCCCAUGUCCAUGUCGCCGCCGGAGGAUGCCUGCCGGGACGGCCAGUUCCAGGUCGUGCCGAGGGCCCAGGCGCUGCUGGACGCCGUGCCGCUGCCCAUGGGGGAGAGGGGCAUCCCUGAAGCUCUCAAGUUCUCCAUGGCUCAUGGUAAAGGAGGGAACAGUUCUGAGCACUCUGCCCCUAUCACUCUGCAGUCACCAUUCACAGAGUAUAAUGACCACUUUGAGCUGGGCCUUGGCCAAUCUGUGAUUUCCUCCAACUACUACUCUGAUCAGCAGUAUGGCCUACUUUCUUCUUAUGGAAUGAGAUCAGCGUCUAGCGGGCGUAUGCUUAUACCACUGAACAUGCCUGCUGAUGCGCCGAUUUAUGUGAAUGCAAAGCAAUAUGAAGGCAUCCUUCGUCGCCGUCGUGCUCGCGCCAAGGCAGAGAAGGAGAAUAGGCUGGUCAAGGCCAGAAAGCCAUAUCUUCACGAGUCACGCCAUCUUCAUGCAAUGCGCCGUGCGAGAGGCUCCGGUGGACGCUUCCUCAACACUAAGAAAGAGACCAAUGGAAAAGACACUGGUGUUGGGAGCAAGGCGAUGGCCGGUAACCCGCUUAUGCGCCCAGCUGCAUCUCUCAGUUCAGAGAUCCAGCACUCUGAGCAGGGAAACCGAAGCAGUGUCUCCAGCCUGUCUGGCUCAGAGGUGACAAGCCUGUAUGAUCAUGAAGAUGUGGACCAUUACCACAACUUUGAGCACCUCCGGACACACUUCUUCACCCCGCUCCCGAGCAUCAUGGACGGUGAGCAUGGGGCCGGCAACCCCUUCAAGUGGGCAGCAGCCUCCGAUGGCUGCUGCAACCUCCUCAAAGCAUGACUUGAGGGGGUGACGGGCAGCCGAAAUAUCAAGAGAUGGCGCAAACCGGCAGCAUUUGCCGGCAUUGUGUCCAGCUCCAGGGCAGGGGUCUGUCCCUGCCGUCAUCUGGCUGUCCGCGGGCAAUUCAUUCUUGGCUCAUGGCAUCGGUAGUGCUUUCGCUCAUCGCCUACUUGUCCUCGAAACUUCAGUGCUAGUUUCCAGGACCCUGUGGUGAGUGGAACACCCCCUUUGCCAUACAAAAUAUUAUCUAGGUAAGUGCUGCUGCUUGCUACCAUCAUCCGACCGUUUCGUGGUAGCAGGUUUAAGUUUGUAUUUGAAUAAAUGUCUGAAACUUCAGACUAGUUGGAAUGGUACUGGAAUUGGAGUUUGUAUGAAGUAUUGUAUCCCUUUCGUUUGGUGAAGUAUUGGAGUAUGUUAAGUAGACUUGGUGAUGUGUUGUAAUAGUUGGCUUGAAGGUUCUGUGUGUAGACUUCUUUUGUUUGUACUCUGUGGUGUUAACACCUGAAUUCAGUGAUGUAUUGAGACUUGGCAUGGUUUGAGAAAUUCUUUAUGCUCU